GUACUCACUACUCCCCUAUCUAUAUAUACAGGCACCAACUCUUGUAAGGUUCAGAGUUCAGGUCCAUUCCAAAGUUGCAAUCAAUCUGUCUCGAUUAUUGCCUCUCUGCUCUGAGUGUGACUGUCAAUCUGUGAGCUUAGCUAGUGACUGGCCAUUGCACGAGAAAAGAACAGGUUGAUCGAUCAUUAGUAGGUGAAGUGUUCUUGCCCUGUUCUUUUCUUGGUUUCUUGGGUAAACCAACUGGUUGGGUUCGGUGAGUUUGAGAACUUCAGAAACUGUAACAACAAUGGGAGGCACCAUGGAUUACCUGUCUGAUCUUCUCGGCGGCGGCGGGAGCAGCAGCCGUCGGAGGUACAAGAAGAGGAAGCAGUUCCAGACGGUGGAGCUCAAGGUGAGGAUGGACUGCGACGGCUGCGAGCUCAAAGUCAGGAACGCCCUCUCCAGCAUGAAAGGGGUGCAGUCGGUGGAGAUAAACAGGAAGCAGUACAAGGUGACGGUGCAGGGGUUCGUGGAGCCGCACAAGGUGGUGAAGCGGGUGCAGGCGACGGGGAAGAAGGCGGAGAUCUGGCCCUACGUGCCCUACACCCUCGUCGCCCACCCCUACGCCGCCCCGGCCUACGACAAGAGGGCUCCCCCCGGCCACGUCCGCCGCGUCGACGCCGUCAUGCCCGUCGCCAGCUACGGCUCCGCCGCCGCUGCCGCCGCGCCGGAGGAGCGCCUCACCACCAUGUUCAGCGACGAGAACCCCAACGCCUGCUCCAUCAUGUGAAUUACUGUAACUGAAUAUUAGUGUAAUCUCUUCAGAGUUCAGAUGAAUGUACGAAAUGUAUGUGCAGAUAUGAGAGAUUGUACUCCCUCCAUCCCAAAAUAUAAAAGAAUCUAGAAUCUGGAUAGUUGUCUAGAUUCAUAGUAUUAGAAAAUAUCACAUCUAGUCAUAGAUUCUUAUAUUUUAAGAUGAGAGUAGAAAGGAGGGAUUUUUCUGCGGUUUUGGUCUCUUGUCGCAUGUGCAUUGGAAUCUUAGCCCAUAUAGCUUUAUUUAUACUACUCCGUAUAUAUAGUUUAAUUAGGUUGGUAGAUUAGAUUACAAUAUACAUAUAUAUAUGGAGUUGUGUGCUGUUAUGAGACAUAUGGUUGAGUUAAUAAAAUACAUGAUAUGCUUGUA